AUGCUUGUGGAAACCAACGACGGCAUUGUUUUAGGUAACAGUUUACCGCUCUUCGACGAAGAUGGUAACCCACUCUCGUUUACAAUGGAUCUAAUAUCCUAUGACGCGGGUACGGAAGAUAACAACGAGUUAGCGACGCAUGUUCCGGGACCACCAUUUGACGGCAUGGAACGCGCACCAACAGAAGGAGGCGUCAUUGCGCUGCAUCCCGGUAUCGCCGGUACUGCUGAUGUGGGGGCUGCGUUUGGUUGGACAGAGCCUACCGCAACCGUGACUGUUGAAGCGAUAGUCGAGAUGCCACCCAUGGAGCCUGAACCUGUUGAGUUUGAAGUAAUGUUGACAAACCUAACUACGGGUGUCCCAGCCCAAGGUGGUCAGAUUUUUUCACCACCAAUCCUUGUGACUCAUGGUCACGGAUUUUCAAUCGGUGCAUCAGGUGAGGCAGCUAGCCCUGAACUCACUGCAUUGGCGGAAACUGGUAACAAUAUGCCGGUCGCUGUAUUGGCUGGCGGUUCAGACGCAGUCGGCGGUAUCGUUGCAUUUCCUGCUCCCCCUGAUGGGGUAGUGCUUCCCGGUGGUUCCGUUUCAGCGAUGACCAACGAUGGCAUUGUGUUAGCGAACAGUUUACCGCUCUUUGACGAAGAUGGUAACGCUCGCUCGUUCACAAUGGAUUUAAUAUCCUAUGAUGCCGGUACGGAAGAUAACAACGAGUUGGCAACGCAUGUUCCGGGACCCCCGUUUGGUGGUGGUGAACGUGCACCGACUGAAGGAGGCGUUAUUGCGCCGCACCCCGGUAUCGCUGGUACUGCUGAUGUAGGUGCUACGUUUGGUUGGGCAGAGCCUACCGCACGUGUGACUGUUGCCCCUGUAGGUGUUGAGAUGCCUGUGGAACCUGAACUACCCCCGGAGCCUACGCAUAUGUUUGAGAUGGGGUUGGCAGCUGGGCUGAACAUGAUCUCCUUGCCACUGAUGCCGGCAGAACCUUACACGGCAAGUUCGUUUGCUGCGGCGAUUGGCGCAACCGUUGUGAUUCAGCUUGACACGGCGAUGCAGCAAUUUGUCGGGUUCACCGCGGACCAAGAGGGCGAUGGUUUCCCGAUUGAAGGUGGUAAGGGUUAUAUUGUCAACGUUCCCGGUGGCGGCAUGGUCACCUUUACGGGAACAGCGUGGGGUAACACGGUGGAAGACGCAGCGGCUGCACCGGGUAUCCAACUUCCGAGCACGACAUGGGCGUUUGUUGUCAGCGGCGAUUUGCUAGAAACUGAGGCGGGUGUGUCCUACACAGUCGUUGCGAAGAAUCACCGCACCGGUGAAGUCGAACAAGGCUAG